AUAAAAUGAAGAGUAAACGCAACUUUCACUCACAUUAUCUUUGAUCUAUAGAAUGUGUUAGACCUUGUUUGCGGCAUCACCUUGAGUUGGCGUACCUCGCGUAAUGUGACUCGUCUCAUUUAUGUUGUAGUAUCUACCUACUAGUAUCUGACAAUUCUAGUAAAGAUCAUUCAUGCUUGACAUUAAUACCAAAACAAUUAUGGAACUGUUUAUUUUGCAUAGGUGUUCUAUGAUGUUCAUUUGUUGGGAUCUAUUUAAGUAUCAUUUAGUAAAUUAUCUUUUUUAGUGUGGGAUUCUCGUUUUUUCGUAUGAUUUAAUUGUGGAAGAGAAUAUUCUGUAAUUGUUGUUAUUAAUCGAAAUUCUUAUUUUUUGAUCAUCUGUGCCGUUUAUUAACUGUUAAUUCUAUUAAAGAACACGAUAGAAAAUAAUACGAGAACAUUUUAUAAUGCGCUUCGUAUAAUGGAAGAAGGCAAUAAAACAGGGCACACUUCACGAAAUAUAAAAAAAGGUCAUGAAUACAAAGAGACAAAAACGGCAAUGUUGUGGAGAAGAGUAAUGGGUAUGGGUGGAGCGAUGGACAGCUGCGGGAGGUGCAUGAAGUUCUCUCUAAUAUGUAUCAACGUAAUAACAUUGAUUGGCGGGGCUAUAGCGCUGGCCAUAGGACUAUGGGUGUGGACGUCGCGUUCUUUCUCAAGCACGUUGAUGAGCAACAACAUGUUCAUAGCGUCGGUCGGCGUGGUCGUGGCCAUGGGAGUCGCCAUAAUGAUCCUCUCGCUACUGGGAUGUUGCGGCGCCGCUAAGGAAGUCAAAUGCAUGUUGCUCACGUACUACAUUUUAGUUUUCAUCAUAUUCGUUGUGAUGUUAGUGGGAGGGAUCUUGCAGUUCGUGUUCAGAGAGAAGGUUCUGACAACCCUAGACCGUGAGCUGUACGCAUCUGUGCCCUAUUAUGGUGUCAAACACGAGUACACGAAAUCCUGGGACGACACGCAGACCUAUCUCCAAUGUUGCGGAGUGAAGAGCCCUAAUGACUGGCACGGGAAUCUGCCGGAGAGCUGCUGCAGGGAAGCCUACCCUGGGAAGAGAAUAGAUUGCAAAUCCAAUCAAAACCCGACCACGAUUUAUGUCGACGGUUGCCUUGACAAGGUCAUCGAGUUCCUGCGAGAGGACGCCGUGUAUGUUGGUACUGCUGCCAUCAUUGUCGCAAUUAUAAUGUUGCUGGCUUUAAUACUCUCCUGUGGAUUAUUCGUGAAGAUAGAAUGACAGAUUCGAAGAUUUCAUGACAGCUCCUACAAAAUUGAUUGACUGUAUGAUUCGAUGUAAUUAUUGUUAUUGUUUGCUUUGUGUAAUUAAUAACGCACCGCGAAAUAUAUCUUCUGUAUUUUUUUUAUAUAAAUUAUUUAAAUUAAUACAAAAAAAUAAAGUAAAAAACAUUAC